AUGUAUCUCUCUUACCCUCUAUUUAUUUCUCUUUCUUUUCCUCUCUUUAUUUCUCUCUCUCUCUUACCCUCUAUUUAUUUCUCUUUCUAUUCCUCUCUUUAUUUCUCUCUCUCUCUUACCCUCUAUUUAUUUCUCUUUCUUUUCCUCUCUUUAUUUCUCUCUCUCUCUUACCCUCUAUUUAUUUCUCUUUUUCUUUCCUCUUUAUUUCUCUCUCUCUUACCUCUAUUUAUUUCUUUCUUUUCCUCUCUUUAUUUCUCUCUCUCUUCCCUCUAUUUAUUUCUUUUUUUUUCCUCUCUCUCUUUUCUCUCUCUCUCUUACCCUCUAUUUAUUUCUCUUUCUUUUCUCUCUUUAUUUUUCUCUCUCUCUUACCCUCUAUUUAUUUCUAUUUCUAUUCCUCUCUUUAUUUCUCUCUCUCUUACCUUCUAUUUAUUUCUCUUUCUUUCCUCUCUUUAUUUCUCUCUCUCUCUCUUACCUCUAUUUAUUUCUCUUUCUUUUUCCUUUCUUUAUUGCUCUCUCUUUACCCUCUAUUUAUUUCUCUUUCUUUUCCUCUCUUUAUUUCUCUCUCUCUCACCCUCUAUUUAUUUCUCUUUCCAUUCCUCUCUUUAUUUCACUCUCUCUUACCCUCUAUUUAUUUCUCUCAUUUCACGUUCAUUAGCUUUUUUUUUUCUUUUCUUUUAUAAUUCUCUUUAUUUAUUUUCUUUUUUUCCUCUCUUUAUUUUCUUCAUUUUCCCUCUAUUUACCUUUUUAUUUAUUUCUCUUUCUUUUGCAUCCUCAUUUUGCUCUCCUCCCCCACAUAACUUUUUGUAUUUUUAUUCAUACAUUCACCAGAAUUUAAUAACUCUUCAUUUUUUAAGCGUUAUUAUUUUAUUAAAAUAUUUCACUCAUCUGGUGCCUACUUGUUUUGCUUCAGACAUUUUUCUUCGAAUCUGCCUUCACUUUAUAAUUAAAGACUUCCUGGUCGCUCCUCCGUUCGAACGGAAUUGA